ACCGGUGUGCUCCUCGGAUACAUGCUGUAGCUGCUCGCCCGCACUGCAGAUUAACCCUUACCGCUCCGGCAGAGGCAGCCAGACAUGGAAAAGGUGAGUCAGAGUUUUGCCUAACUGAAGAGUCUUCAGCCAGCGAUCGGUCUCCUCAGGGAUCACAGGGACGACUCCUAACCUGAGCUCAUCCCUCAUCCCACCUCAGAGUGUGUGUGGACUGGAGCCAGGCACUGUGGAGAUGGGGCGCAACACAGAGGAGAGCGAGCCAGGAGUGUGUGUCUGAACAUUAUGUCCGUUCUGCAGGAGCAACGCUGUGAGAAACCGUAGAAACCUCAAAGCUCUGAAGAAGUCAGACCGCACAGUAUGACCACUUUCUUAACCACGUGUGGUGACAGAGGCUGAAGCCUGCCAAACACGUCUGUGUGUGUGUUUGAACACACAGCAGCAGCAGCAGCAGCAGCAGCAGGGAGGGUCAGCUCUCCCCUACGACCCUGAGGGAGGUUGUAGCGUUCGCUCUUUGUGUUCCGGAUGCAGAACAUCCUCGAUCAAAACCUAGACAUGGCCACAGCUCUGCUCGCUGGCGAGAAGCUGAAGGAGCUAAUCCUGCCCGGCUCCUCCCAGGACGAAAGGGGCGGCGCUCUGGCGGGCCUCAUGGUGCAGCUCAAACUGGAGCUGCCCUUCGAUCGUGUCGUCACAAUCGGGACGGUCAUCAUCCCCAUCCUGCUCGUCACCCUCGUCUUCACCAGGAACUUUGCAGAGGAGUCCAUUUACUGUUACACACCACACAACUUCACCAGAGACCAGGCGCUGUACGCACGGGGCUACUGCUGGACAGAGCUGCGGGACGCCGUACCUGGAGUGGAGUCUCACCUUUGGCCUUCACUGUUUGAACACAAGUUCCUGCCGUACGCCCUGCUGGCCUUCGCUGGGAUCAUGUACAUUCCUGCUCUGGGCUGGGAGUUCCUCGCCUCCACACGGCUCACUUCAGAGCUCAAUUUCCUGCUUCAAGAGAUUGAUAACUGCUAUCACCGAGCCGCUGAGGGCCGAGCCCCAAAGAUCGAGAAGCAGAUCCAAUCCAAAGGACCUGGCAUAACUGAGCGAGAGCGGAGGGAGAUCAUCGAGAACGCAGAGAAGGAGAAGAGCCCCGAGCAGAACCUGUUUGAGAAAUAUUUGGAGAGACGAGGACAAAGUAACUUUCUGGCUAAGAUUUACCUCGCACGCCACCUGGCCAUUAUCUGCCUCAGCUCCAUCCCCAUUUCCUACCUGAGCGCCUACUACGCCCGCCAGAGGCAGAAUGAGUUCACCUGUGCUCUAGGUGAGCCUCCGGACAUUAGCAGCUAUGUAGAGCUAAAGUUAAAGGUGAACUGUAAGCUGUCUGCUGUGCAGCUGCAGCGCAUCAUGGCAGCAGUAGACCUCGCUCUGCUCUGCACCAUGAACCUCAUCAUCCUCCUAAAUUUGCUGCACCUGUUUGUGGUGCGAAAGUCCAACUUUGUGUUCGACAAGCUGCAUAAAGUGGGUAUAAAAACUCGGCGACGCUGGCAGAAGUCUCAGUUCUGUGACAUCAACAUCCUGGCCAUGUUCUGCAACGAAAACAGAGACCACAUCAAGUCGCUCAACCGGCUGGACUUCAUCACCAACGAGAGCGACCUCAUGUACGACAACGUGGUCAGGCAGCUGCUGGCAGCGCUCGCUCAGUCCAACCACGACGCUACACCCACUGUGAGGGAUUCUGGGAUACAGACACUCGAUCCCAAUAUGGACCCCAGUGACCUCGGAGUGGGAGAGAUGGCAGGGGAGCCGCUGGUCAUCAAACGGCCUCGUAAAAAGAUGAAAUGGAUCCCGAGCUCCAACCCUCUCCCUCAGCCGUUCAAGGAACCUCUCACUAUGACCCGUCUGGAAAGUAACACCAAGCCUGAAAAACCCAAACAGCUCAGACGGAAGACGGGGACGGACAACUUCAUCGCUCCUCUUCUGGACACCAAAAGCACACAGCAUCCUGCGACAAAAGACAUCAGUGGGAUGGAGAAGAAACACACUCGCAACUUCUCUCUGGACGUCCACCCGUACAUGCUGACCAUCCGGAAGCCCAAAGUGGAGGUUACAGCCACAGAACCUCUGCCCGUAGAGCACAACCUGGAUGCGGUGUACCUUGAAGGCACCCACACCAUUGUUCAUGUUUCAGGUGCAAUCACAGAAACUAAAGUAUGUUCUCCUGAAACGACCAACGCUGCCUUUUCUAGGAUGACCCUGCCCACCACGACUUACGUGAACGGCGUGAGCCCGAACCCUCCCUCCAGUGAAGACGCCCUCAGCCCCAAGUCCUCCCCUCCUGAGCCUCUCCUCCAGACGGUGGAAAACCCUGAGUCUCAGCCUCCACCCCUGACCAUAGCCCCCACCCACCAGCUGCUGAGCAUACACCACACGCUGUUUGAGGAAGACGAGGGCGACGAAACCCGACGAGACAGGCUGGCAGAGAGACCCGGGGAGCUCAUCGCUGCCGGGGAGUGUUGAAGGAGAGGAGCGCUGACGGAGAUUCCUUUAGCACCGACAAUUCGCACAUGUCACCACCUCCUUUGACCCCCUCUGCUCUUUGAAUAACCUUCUGUGAUAGGUGGUGGAGUCGCACUGAUGAGCGGAAGAUGGACAGUGAAAAAAAAAAACUUGGGUUGAUGUAAAAAGCAAAAUGACUUUUUUUUUCUUUUUUUUUUUUAGAUAGAUC